CCUGUGUCUUAUGCUUGGUCCUAGCGCAAUUUCUUGGAGCCCAUUUCUCCCUCCUGACCCAGCGCACCUCUCAGUACCAGUGAGGCCCUGCAUGGUCCGCGCCUCUGGCCCUGCUUUAGCGGUCCAGUUCCUGUCCCUUCCCAGCUUCCCCUUGACCUGAUGCCCAGCUGUAAUGAAUGAUAAGUUGGUCCUGGGCCUGACCGCUCACAACUUCCUUCUGUGCUCACAGGAACCCUGUGGCGCGUGGAUUUCUUGUCCCUUCCUCCAGAGAGCGGAAGGAAAGCCGCGAUGUCGUUUCUCCCCACAGCAGCGGCUGUGACAGAGCUGUGCCACCUAAGUUCUGGCUGUAGAUCUCUGCCCAGUGGUGUGCCGGGCCUUGAGACCCCUGGCUGAGCCUGGGAGAUCCAUGGAGGGUGUGACUGUGUGCAACAUUGUCAGGGUGCUGGUUCCAAGCCGGCCACCGCAGGGCCUGGGGAGCUGGUGUCAGCCAGGCUGCUCUCUGAGCCCCCUGUACCUCUGUCCCACACCUCCCUUUGCCAAGCAGUUCUCCCAGGGUUCGCACACUAAGUCAUCACUCCUGAUUUGGGCUGUUGUGGGACUGCACGGUGGGGGCAACCUUGACACAGUGCCUGGGGGGGGGGGGCACCAGGAUCUCCAUGUCAGACUUUGCAGUUUCUCCUUGUUUUCAGUAGGUUUGGGGCCUGCCACUAUGGGGGACAUGAAGACCCCUGAUUUCGACGAUCUCCUUGCUGCCUUUGACAUCCCUGACAUUGAUGCAAAUGAAGCUAUCCAUUCUGGGCCAGAGGAAAAUGAGGGGCCAGGUGGCCCUGGGAAGCCGGAAGCCAGUGAGGGAGGUGAUUCCGAGGACAAAGCAGCGGCCGCUGCUGGGCCUGACCCUGCCGUUCCAGCCCAGGCCUCUGACCAUGGCCUGCCACCAUCGGACAUCUCCACCGUCAGCGUCAUUGUGAAGAACACGGGGUGUCCUGAGCAGGCUGAGAACCUGGCUGGGGGUUCCGGAGUGGAAGGGGUGUGGCCUGGUGGUGUCACCAGGGAUGGUGCUGUAGGACCUCGGCUGCUGCAGAAUGGCUUUGGGGGCCCCGAGCCCUCCCUUCCAGGAACCCCCCACUCUCCAGCUCCUCCCAGUGGGGGUGCCUGGAAAGAGAAAACCAUGGAAGGCAAAGCUCCCUUGGACCUGUUUGCCCAUUUCGGGCCUGAGCCUGAGAAGCAUCCGGAUCCCCUGCCUCCCUCUGCGCCUUCCCCGCCUCGGGAGGGGGCCAUGAGCCCGCCCCCUUUCCCCUCUGCCUUUGAGUUGGUUUCUGAGAAUGGGCCUGGCCUGCUGGGGACCCCGCCGGGCUCUGCCCCACUGCUGGGGACCUUGAAGCCGGGAAGCCCCCAGCACCCCCAGGGCCUUGCUCAGCGAGGCCCAAGCUCCAGCCCCGAGGCCACAGCCAUCCCUGCCAGUGAUUCGCCUCCACAGGUCGCUGGGGUGUCCUUCUUUAAGCAGUCUCCAGGGCACCAAAGCCCUCUCACCUCCCCCAAAGCGCCCAGUCGGAAGCCCCUGAAGGAAGAAGGGGGGCAGGACGACAAGUCUCCAGGAAGCCCCCAGAGCGCUUCCAGCGGAGCCGAAGCUGCGGAUGAGGACAGCAAUGACUCUCCUGGCUCCUCGAACUCCCGGCCCCUCAAGGUGCGGAUCAAGACCAUUAAAACAUCCUGCGGAAAUAUCACAAGGACUGUCACCCGGGUCCCCUCUGACCCUGAUCCUCCUGGGACCCCAGCCGAAGGAGCCUUUGUGGCUGAAGCUGGCCUCCUGAAGCUAUCCCCCGCCACCCCGACCCCUGCCGAAGGGCCAAAGGUGGUGAGUGUACAGCUGGGGGAUGGCACGAGGCUGAAGGGCACCGUGCUGCCUGUGGCCACCAUCCAGAAUGCCAGCACAGCCAUGCUCAUGGCUGCCAGCGUGGCCCGCAAGGCCGUGGUCCUGCCUGGGGGAGCGGCCACCAGCCCCAAGACUGUGGCUAAGAAUGUGCUUGGCCUGGUGCCCCAAGCCCUGCCCAAGGCUGAGGGCCGGGCGGGACUGGGCACUGGGGGCCAGAAGGUAAAUGGUGCCUCGGUGGUGAUGGUGCAGCCUUCUAAGCCGGUGCCCGGGAGUGGGGGCGGUACGGUCAUCUCCCGGACCCAGUCCAGCCUGGUGGAAGCCUUUAACAAGAUCCUCAACAGCAAGAACCUGCUGCCUGCCUACCGGCCAAACCUGAGCCCACCGGCUGAGGCUGGGCUGGCCCUGCCUCCCACAGGCUACCGCUGUCUCGAGUGCGGGGACGCCUUCUCCCUGGAGAAGAGCCUGGCCCGCCACUAUGACCGCCGCAGCAUGCGCAUUGAGGUCACCUGCAACCACUGUGCCCGCCGCCUGGUCUUCUUCAACAAGUGCAGCCUACUCCUCCAUGCCCGCGAGCACAAGGACAAGGGGCUUGUCAUGCAGUGCUCGCAUCUGGUCAUGAGGCCCGUAGCCCUCGACCAGAUGGUGGGGCAGCCGGACAUCACACCCCUGCUCCCCGUGGCUGUCCCACCCGCCCCUGGACCUCUGGCCUUGCCUGCCUUGGCUAAGGGCGAGGGGGCUAUCGCCUCCUCUGCCAUAACUGCAGCUGUCGCUGAGCCCCCGGUGCUGCCACUCUCAACAGAGCCUCCCACUGUUCCCGCCACCUCAGCGUACACGUGCUUCCGCUGCCUGGAGUGUAAGGAGCAGUGCCGGGACAAGGCUGGCAUGGCAGCCCACUUCCAGCAGCUUGGGCCCCCUGCUCCUGGGGCCACCAGCAAUGUGUGCCCCAGCUGUCCUAUGAUGCUGCCCAAUCGUUGCAGCUUCAGCGCCCACCAGCGUGUGCACAAGAACCGAGCCCCUCAUGUCUGUCCUGAAUGUGGGGGCAACUUCCUGCAAGCCAAUUUUCAGGCCCACCUCCGUGAGGCCUGUCUGCAUUUCUCCCGCCGUGUAGGAUACAGGUGCCCCAGCUGUGCAGUGGUGUUUGGGGGUGUGAACUCCAUCAAGUCUCACAUCCAGGCGUCGCACUGCGAGGUUUUCCACAAGUGCCCCAUCUGCCCCAUGGCCUUCAAGUCUGGACCUAGUGCCCAUGCCCAUCUCUACUCCCAGCACCCCAGCUUCCUUUCCCAGCAGGCCAAGCUCAUCUAUAAGUGUGCCAUGUGCGACACGGUCUUCACCCACAAGCCCCUCCUGUCCUCGCACUUCGACCAGCACCUGCUGCCCCAGCGUGUCAGUGUCUUCAAGUGCCCAUCUUGUCCUCUGCUCUUUGCCCAAAAGCGGACCAUGCUGGAACAUCUCAAGAACACUCAUCAGUCUGGACGUGUGGAGGAGACUGCAGGGAAGGGACCUGGGGGUGCACUCCUAACCCCCAAGCCUGAGCCGGAGGAGCUGGCUGUGUCUCAGGGAGGGGCAGCGGCGGCCACAGAGGAGUCAUCGUCAUCUUCUGAAGAGGAGGAGGUGCCCAGCUCCCCAGAGCCCCCCCGCUCAACUAAACGACCCCGGAGGGAGCUGGGCAGCAAAGGUGUCAAGGGGGGCGGCGGUGGGCCCGGCGGCUGGACCUGUGGCCUCUGUCACUCCUGGUUCCCUGAGCGGGAUGAGUACGUGGCGCACAUGAAGAAGGAGCAUGGCAAGUCUGUGAAGAAGUUUCCCUGCCGCCUGUGUGAGCGCUCCUUCUGCUCCGCCCCCAGUCUGAGGCGCCAUGUCAGGGUCAACCAUGAGGGCAUCAAGAGAGUGUAUCCUUGCAGGUAUUGCACAGAGGGCAAGCGGACCUUCAGCAGCCGCCUGAUCCUGGAGAAGCACGUCCAGGUGCGGCAUGGCCUGCCGCUUGGGGCCCAGUCCCCCGGCCGAGGGAAUGCCUUGGCUCGGGGCCCUGGUGCCAGAGCCCAGGGGCCAGCACGGAAGCGCCGCCAGUCUUCUGACUCAUGCAGUGAGGAGCCUGACAGCACAACACCUCCUGCCAAGUCCCCCAGGAGUGGCCCUGGGUCAGGAGGCCAUGGCCCGCUGCGCUAUGGGAGCAGUGGCUCGGUGACAGAACCGAACCUGCUGGCAGGCCUGAGGGUGGAUGGUGGUGCCCAGCAGUGCCUCGACUGUGGCCUGUGCUUUGCCUCUCCUGGCUCUCUGAGCCGCCAUCGCUUCAUCAGCCACAAAAAGAGACGGGGUGUGGGGAGAUCAGGCGCUCUGGGGCUCGGGGAGGGGGAGGAGGAGGCCCCCCCUCCAGCAAGGUCUGACCCAGAGGGUGGGGACUCACCACUGGCCACCUCUGGAGGCCCACUGACCUGUAAGGUCUGUGGCAAGAGCUGUGAUAGCCCGCUCAACCUCAAGACCCAUUUCCGCACCCAUGGCAUGGCCUUCAUCAGGGCACGGCAGGGAGGCAGUGGGGACAACUAAGCCUCCAGCCAAGCCUGGGACUGCUCACUGCCCCAUCUGCCAGGAGCCUGGGUUUCACUGCUGCUGCCACCUGGUCCCUGGACCGGGGUGUUCCAUUAACAUUCACACUUUGUCCAUUUCCUCUCCUCUCGGGAAAGCUUUUGAGGGUUAUAGUUGUGUGCAGCCCCCCUCCCCAAGCCCUUGGGGUUUGGUUUGUUAGACGAGUGGCCUGCCAUGCCUCCUUUCUGAACCCGACACUAAUGCCCCUGCUGCAGACCGCCAGUGAGAAGUGGCGGUGGAGGGUGGGCUCAGGGUAGGGCUGGGGGAAGGGUGUCCUGACACCCCCCCCAGUGGACUCCUUAGGACAGACCGCAGUGGUCCUUAACUGGGCCACGUGCUAGCCUCUCCUGCCCCUUCUGCCCCACUCCCUGGCACUCAAGCCCCUGACUCCUGCAGUGCCUUUCACUUGUACUUUUCCCCCCAGAAAUUGUAGGGAGGGGGUGUUGAUGGGAAUGAGUCCUGUUGGGGGCCCAAGGGAGAGGAGGGGACAGGCUCUCAGGAAUGCUUUAUUCUUGUAGUAAUAAUAAUACUAACAGUGGGAGAAACUGGAGGGAGAGAGCUGGACCAUUAAAACUGCUCAUGGUGGAAUCCCCAUCCAGGCUAUUCUUGUUGUGACUCAGACAGCAUGGGCUGCACGGGCAGGGGAGAGCCAGCACUGGGGGAGCAUCCUUUGCAAGGUGGCUUGGACCAGGACACAAGGAAAGGUCUUCCAGCUGUGUGUAUCGCCUCCUGUCUCAGGCACUGAGGUAUCUGUUCUCUUGUGACCCUCCUGCCCUCAAAACCCAACUCACAAAGGACACAGGUGGCUAACUAAGGACUUUAUUUCAAACAAAAAUCAAAAAUAAAAAAUUGAGAGCAGUUUCCCUGGGUGUCGGGAAGGGAUCAGGGGAAGGAACCACAGCUAGGCCAAUACCCUCAAUACACUGGAGGGGUUGUGGUAAUUCCCUUCCUCACCCCUGUGUUGGGGAACCUCAGCAAGUGUGGGGCUCCAUGGCAGAGAUUACGGAAGAGAACUCGCCUGGAACCAGUCCUGGGAGGGGCAGCAGCAUGGCCACAGGCCAACCACAGAAUCAAGUACCAAGAACCUACUCCUCCCUCCUUUCCUGGGACCGAGGGAUGGAGCGGAAGGGGUCCCUCACAAGGGAGCGUCACCUCUGUGCUCUGGUGGGCUGUGAGUCCUGGAGCCCAUCAGGUGGUAAUACUGACAGCUGGGCAGCCAGAGCCCUGGCGAGUCUGCACCCUGGG